AUGUCCACCCCGGACCUCCCUCCCGAUCUCGACCGCGUCGCCGACCCGUCGACGUCGUACACGUACGUCGAUCUCGAGGGCGAGACGCAGGGUCCGUUUGAGGAGGCGGCGCUGGUGAGAUGGCAUCUCGACGGUUUUAUGCCUCGCUCGCAGCGCGCUGCGUGCGCGUCGACGGGGGUGGAGACGACGAUCGGGGAGAUUGUCGACCGGUUGUUCGACCGAGGAAGGGGCGAGGUGAAGGAAGGAGAGACGGUGACGGAGGCUGAGACGCGGCGUACGAGCUCGCUGGAUGCAAAGCUGGAGCGGUUGUUGAAAAUGGGCGGUGGGUCGCUCCCGAUGCCCGCGGUGCCGGGUUUUGCGGUGGGGUUGGGUGAUGAUCGAGUUGUUGGGUCGAAGACUGAGAAUUCGGGCGCGGAGGAGGACGCACUAGGGAUCACGCUGGACGCGUCGGCGAUCGCGCUGGAGAAGUAUCGAAAGCCACGCGGCUGGCGGGACAUUUUGAGCGCAACUCGGGAGAUGGUGCGGAAGGGACGAGCGGCAAUGCGGGAACCAAUGGCAGAGACGGAUGAGACGAACACGACGUGGUCGUUGGAGGUGAGUGCGGCAGUGCGGGAUCCAAGGCCGGAUUUGAGCAAACUCGACGAGGUGCUGGAUGAGGAGGGGGCGCUUCCGGAGGAACCGGCGGCGUUGGAUCUACGAGAACCGUUUUGGGUCAUAGAAGAUCGGGCGAGUAAGGACGGGGAGCUCGAUCCGGAGGCGCUGAACGCGGCGGUGGCGGAACAGUUGAGGAACACAGCUAAGCCACUGCAGAGUGCUGAUGCGCAAAGCGAUCGGUCAGACGUAAGUUGGAGCGUGAAACCCGGGGGUCUUGAUCGUCAACAGGCGCGAGAAGCUGCGGCACGAGAGGCACGAGAGGCUGCGGUGACCAAGGAACGCGAAUCGAGGGCGAAGGCUAUGGCGGCCGAGGCGAGACGGGAGAGCGAGCGGGACGAGCGAAUGCCUGAAAUCUCGGCACAGGAGGAAACUCAAAAGAGAGAGGCCGAGGCCGUGCGUUUCUUCGCUGCGAAACCGUACGCGGGACAGUGGUGGUUGCCGGAUGACACGCGUGGGGGAGAAUUCGCGCUCGGUCCGUUCACGUACGAUGACCUUGUGUCAAGGCUUCCGCACGUCAUGGUGGCUCACCGCCGAGAGGAUGACGCGUGGCGAGUCGUCGGCCCCUACAGCGCGCGCGAGCGAUUUGAAAACUACGGCCGCGACAUUGACGGUGCCCUGGUUUCGCUCUCGCGUGAUGAAGGCGACGAUGCGGCGGCGGAGCGAGAUAUGGAGAUCACGAUGUGGUUUGACGCCGCGACUGCCAUCAUUGCCGGAGACGAAGACUUGAAAGACCCGUUCCCGUGCAUCCGCGUCGACGAUGGGCGAGACGUCCGCGCUUGGUUCGAUAAAGAGAUGUCGAAGGUGGAGCUCCGGGGCGGUAUCGCUCCACCGAAGUCGCCCGUGGCGCCGCAGCGUAAACGUAGACGCGGGUUCGAGAUGCGCGUCGUCGCAAAUGAGGAGCAAAAUCUCAUCUCAGCCAGAGUUUUGGGCGAACUGUACCAAGCCGUGACCAAGAAUCGUAAGAAACUGUUCGCAGCGAUCGUCGAACCCGUCGUUGAUGAUUGGUUACUGGAACAAGGAGGAGAUUAA